GACAUACUAUUGCAUUACAAAAAAAAUUUACCAAUACAAAGUGUGCAUGUGCUAAGCAUCUUGAAAAUUGUCAAUAUUGGGCCAAACGAUAUACUCAAGAACAAACUCAAGAAAUUAUUCAAAAAGCAAUGGAACAUGGAUCAAAAAAAUUUAACAAAUGGCUUCGAACAACUUAUAAUAAUCAAAAUGAAGAAGAUUUAACUGAUUUAAGUGAAACAUCUACUUUACAUCAAAACUUUGGUUUACUUGAUAAUUAUACAUAUCAUGAGUUAAAGUUCGAUCAAGUUGAAAUGUUCGAGAAAUUAUUAUUAGAUGCAACAGUAGCAUGUGGUUAG